AAAGCGGUGGCACAGUCUGUGAGCUGACAUUUGCAACUCUACGGAUUAUCACUGCAGAAGACAACCCUACACCAAAAUUAAGCAAAAUGCCAGGAUUAUUUUUUUCCCACAACAACCCAACUGAAUUGAAAGAAGCCGAAUGCAAGGUCGCAGAAGGCAAAGUCCAUAAAAAGAAGCAAAAGGCUUUUGGUGCUGAUCUGAAAAGCUAUUUGAAGUCCAUGGUCCCACAUCCUGAAUCUGGCAUCAAAUCUUCUACCUCCAGAAAAGUUAUGUUUUCUGCAGAAGAGGUGAUGCAAUGGUCCCAGUCUUUGGAAAAGCUUCUUGCCAGCCAAAGAGGUCAGGGAGUCUUUCGGGAAUUUCUGAAGUCAGAGUUCAGUGAGGAGAAUAUGGAGUUCUGGUUGGCCUGUGAAGAAUACAAGAAAACCAAGUCUGAUCACUUACAUGGCAAAGCGGAGAGGAUAUAUGAGGAGUUUGUUCAGUCAAAUGCUGUUAAACAAAUUAAUAUUGACUAUCGUACAAGAGAAACAACAGCUAAAAAGGCUCAAGACCCAACCCUCACAAGCUUUGAUGAAGCCCAAAAAACCGUCUAUGUACUUAUGGAGAGGGAUUCCUAUCCUCGAUUCUUGAAAUCCAAAGCCUACCUGAGCCUUUUAAACCACCUUCAGGCCAACACUCUCAAGUGAAGAGUCUGAUGAAACAGAGAAAUGGUGGUAGACUACUUAUGUCACUUAACCUACAGAUAGGUCUUCCUACAUGGCUGGCUUUCAGUAGGGAGAAUGGUAAUGCUAGCCUCCGGAAUGCUGGGAGGAACACAGAAUAGCUCUGCAUGCAUGAGAUUACUUGAUAAAACCCAAUGAGGAGGAAGGCACUGAAGCUAGUUUUUAUACAAGAAUGAGAGAGUAGAAUGAGGGAAAACCUCCUCCCUAAUUGCACUGAACUGAGACAGGAAAUAUUAUUGUUCACAUGGUACUGUGAUUCUGACCAAAGUAUUACAACUCAUAGAACUGCCAGUGACUUGGAUGAGGCAGGGUAAUGUUCUUGUAUCUGAUAAAGAUGGUUACGGAAGGGAAAUAUAUCAACAAUGGGAGAAAAAAUUUCAGCUGAUAAUUUUGGUAACUUAAAAAAAAAAAAGCAGCUAAAAACAUAUCAGCAAUGAAGUCUGGUCUAUAAAUGUUAACAAAUGUGUGUGCAGUAAUGGUAUUGUAUUAUGGAAAUGUAUUAUAAGCUUAAAAUUUUGAAUGGAUUUUUAUUUAAAAUGUUAAAAACUAGAUUACCCGAUACAUUGUAUUCAACAAGUAGGUAUGUAGCAUUUCUUUACUCUUUAAUUUAUCGCAAAGUAAAAACAA